AUGUGGCGAGUCGUCGUGGCUCGGCCCGAGGAGAGCAGCUCCGGGGCCACCCUACUCUCCUCCGAGUUUCCAGCCGGUAGUGCCUCUCAGCAGCAACAUCCGCACGCGCCAUCCAACAUCCAACCGCAUCACCAGCAGCAUCACCAGCAGCACCAUUGGGCCGCGCAUCAUCAUUACCCUCCACCCCCUCCGCCACCGCCACCACCGCCUCCUCCUCUUCCUCCGUCGAGCCUGGCCCAUCUGCACCAGAGGAGCCCACCCACGAGCUAUCCCGCGCACUUGGAGCCGUCGACGGCCGAGCAGCCGAUCGUCGCUCAGACGGCGGGCUCCCACGAGGCCCGCCAGAGUCAUCAUCAUCUCAAGCGAGCCCUGAGCGACUCGGACUGCGACGACGUCUUCUCCGAGGAGAGCGGCAAAGAACCAUGCAAUUCACCGGGUGGCGACUCUUCGGGCUGUCAUCACACGUCGCGGAAGCGGCGCAGGGGCAUGAUCGAGAAGAAGCGCCGUGACCGCAUCAACGCGUCGCUGGGCGAGCUUCGCCGACUGGUGCCUGCGGCGGCGCGCGAUCCCCACAGCGGAAAGCUCGAGAAGGCCGAGAUUCUCCAGCUGACGGUCGAGCAUCUGAGGACGCUUCGUAGCAAAGGCGGUGAUGGUUACGACAGCACGAAACUCGCUAUGGAUUAUCACGCGGUCGGCUGGGGGGAGUGCGUGGCCGAGGUCGGCCGCUACCUCGUCACCAUGGAGGGCCUCGACGAGAGGGACCCACUGAGGCUGCGGCUUCUGUCGCAUCUGCAGAGCUUCCAUCGCGAGCAGCCCCAACCCAACGGUCAGACGACUCCGCAUCAGCAGCAGCAGCAACAGCAGCAACAGCAGCAACAACAACAACAACAACAACAACAGCAACAACAACAUCAUCAUCAGCAUCCGAGCGCGGCGACGACGGCGUCGAGCUUGCAGCUUCAAGCCGCGGCCGUCUGGCCACCUCCGCUCGCGGCCCAGUAUUCCGGCCCGGUGGGCCAGUACCAGUCCUCGGCGGCGGCGGCCGCAGCCGCAGCAGCAGCAGCCGCGGCGGCCGCGAGUCAGUACAGUCAGCAGCAGCACGGCAAGCCCUAUCGGCCCUGGGGUGCCGAGCUCGCUUACUGA